AUGCUAAAAUUAACCACCAGCUUGCUCCGCUUCCGGCCCGGUGCCGCGUAUCCACUGGCCGAGGGAGGUUGUACCGUGCGCUGGCGUAGUGCACAGUCUCAGCCGGUCACGGCAAGUGACGCCACCGAGCAAGAUCCGGAAUGGGACAACGCCCUACCGUACGAGAGCAUUCCAACGCCUUCGUUGUUUGGGUUCUUAAAAGAAUUCGGACCAUUUGGAAAGUACAAAAAUGCUACGCUGCAAGAUAUCAAUCUACGGAUGCGCGAGUUGUACGGAUCGAUCAUACGGAUGAAGGGACAGUUCGGUAGGGAAGAUAUCGUUCUGACCUUCAAUCCGGGAGACUUCGAGAAGGUGUUCCGCUCGGAAGGUGUUUGGCCACGGCGCACCGGGAUGGACGCGUUCGUGUACUACCGGAAAAAUGUGCGCCCAGAGUUGUUCAAGGGCUACGGAGGGCUUCUGGCAGAACAGGGUGAAGACUGGCACAAGAUGCGCACGAUCGUCAAUCCGAUCAUGCUGCAGCCAAAGAUCAUCAAGCUGUACAUCGAAAAGGUGGACGAAGUGGCGCGGGAGUUUAUGAGCAUUAUCAAUGAUCUGCGUGACGACAAACACGAAUUACCGGCCGACUUCAACGAAUGGCUAAACCGUUGGGCUUUGGAGACGAUGGGUGUGCUGGUGUUGGACACCCGACUCGGAGUACUGAACAAGCAACAAACGCCAGAGGUCAGCAAGCUGAUCAGUCUUACUAAAGAUGCGGUGACUCUGUUCUACCAGUUGGAUAUUCUACCAAACAUUUGGCGAAAGAUUAAAACACCCGGUUUCUAUAAGUUGAUUCGGACGUUGGAUGAAUUAUACUAUUUAAUCUCAGGCAAGAUCGAUGCUGCUGUGCAGAGGAUGGAGAAGAACCCGAGCGCUGACUCUGACAGCUUGAGCAUUCUGGAGAAGCUUCUCAAGGUGGACCGGGAAGCUGCAUUCGUAAUGUCACUGGACAGUCUCUUUGCUGGUGUAGACACGACAUCAUCCGGCUCGACAGGAGUACUUUACUGUCUCGCGCGCAACCCGGACAAGCAGGAGAAACUUCGAGCGGAACUCAGAAAAAUCCUUCCAACCAAAGAAUCCCACCUGACGCCGGAUAACAUGAAGAACAUGCCGUACCUGCGGGCGUGCAUAAAGGAAGGACUCAGACUAUAUCCGCCAACAUCUGGGAAUGGUCGGUGCACGGGAAAGAACCUUGUCCUACAGGGCUAUCGCAUUCCCAAAGGGAUCCUGGUCGGAAUGGGUCAGUUGGUACUCCAGCGCCAGGAAGGUCAGUUCACCAGGCCAACCGAUUUCGUCCCGGAACGUUGGCUUGCCGGGGCGGACACUGCGUCGACCGGUUGUCCCAGUGCUAAGGAGGCGCAUCCAUUCGUGUACAUGCCGUUUGGAUUCGGAGCGCGCACAUGCAUCGGCCGACGGUUGGCCAUGAUGGAGAUGGAGAUACUGGUAUCGAGGAUCAUCCGGAAGUACGAUAUCCGCUGGAAUCACGGAGAGUUGAAGUACAAGGCUACGAUAGUGAACAUACCGGCGAAUGAUUUAAAGUUUGAAAUGAAGGAAGUAAACGAUUCUUGAACUAUUGUAAGUCAGAACAUGUAAAUUGGCGAAUCCACGUACAACAGGGAAACAAGUCUCGUAAGCCCUUAACGGGCAGACAUGACCAAGAGGUCGUUACGCCAAGAAGAAGAAGAAAUUGGCGAAUGAAACGUAAUCUAUUAAAAAAAAGAUAAGAGUGUGAAGAGUACAAAAAGUAUAAAAAGAUACCUUUUUUUCGCGGAGAUAAAAAAAUGUAAACAAACCUUUCAGUGAAGGCGUAUUGUGAACAAAUAUGGGCAUGGUAAUCAGCGGCAAUUGACGCGAUAUUUGCCAGUCAUGGCU